AUGGCCGCGCGCUCGGCGCUGGGGGCCCUCGGGGACGAGAGCAGUGGCAGCGAGAGGCACCCCGACGCAGCGGGAUCGGCUUCCGUGGCUCCCUCCUCUAAGCGGAGCGCGCGCUCAGGGCCCGGCGUUCCAGCUCCUGCUAAGUGCACUGGGUCCGACGUGAAGUGCGACCUCUGCUUGCAGAAAGGCGCCUCCGUCAAGUGCCUCGGCUUCAUGUUCCGCAGCAGGUGCCAACGCGCUUGCCGCUCGGCAAGGCGAGGGGGUGCUGAAACGAUUGAUGAGAUGAUGCUGACGGACACCGAGCACUGGAGGUCCGUCGUGUCGCCUGGCAUCACGGACGAGAGUCGCGCCCGUGACUCGGUGCGUCGCAAGAAGCUCGAGAAGGCGAUCACGGCGUUCAAGACGUUCAAGACCAAUGAGAGAGUCACGCCGAAGUUGGAGUUGUGCUUGGAGCGCUACGUGCGGUACAUCGCCUUCUGGGAGGGCACGGACAGGGACGUUGCCGAGGCUGAGUUCAAGAGCAUCUUGCAAGAGCAAGCGAAGAAAGGCAUCACUAUCUACGGUAAGAAGAACCGCCGUUGCAUCCAGGUUGGCGACAACUCGAAGGUGCAGUCCAGGGAGGGCAAGGAACAGACGGGCGACCAGACGCAGCAGAACCCGAAGGGCGUCAAGGCUGGGCGGGCUCCGUCGGUCUCAGGGCGCAGCACCUUUGACCUGGCCACGGGCGCCCCGAUCGGCUUCAUGAAGGAACGCAAGGAUCUGGCGACCUCUGUCAAGCGAGCUCUCUCGGAGAUGAGCGGGCCCAAGGCUCCGUGCCAGGUGAUGUCCACGCUCACGCAGAAGCUUUCCCAGUCCGACCUCGAGGGCCUCGAGACCGAUCCGGCGAAAUUGAAGAAGAAGGGAGACGAACUCAGGCACAAAGUCAAUAGACUUGCCGACACCGUGCCAUCUUGCAGGCGGCCCGAGCCCGAGAAGCUCAGCAAGGAGGUCGAGGAAGUCAUGGGCGAGAUCGAGGAGUUGAACAACGAGGUGGCGGAGCAGAGCGCAUGCAUCAAGAUGGCCCUCGGAGACCACUCGAACUCCGCGAGGAAGGAGAAGAUGAAGGCCCGAUAUGCCAGGACCAAGGUCGCUCAGCAUUUGGUCGGCGGGAAGAUCGGUAACGCCCACGCCCAGCUGAUCGCGGCCGUGGCCGAGGAAGUCCUCACAUCUGACGCGUGCGCGGAUGGCAUCUACUCCAGGGUUCAGGACGCCGUCAAGGUCAACCCGUCGGAGUUUGUCGGGGGCGCGAUCUGCAAGUGGAUGAGCGACCAGCCUUUCGUCUUGGAGAUCCAGAAGAGCCAGGACAAGGAGGAUAUGACUAGGACGGUGACCAGCCUCGUCCAGUCGCUGAAGGAGCCAGGUCACCAGAACUGGAUGGGCUGCAUGACCAAGGUCUCCCGCGAACCAGCGUGCACGGAUGAGUUCAAGACGUUUUUCAAUGUCGAGCUGCUCCACCUCAACGACAAGGGGGGCGUCCCGUGGAUUUCGGUGUCUCGUCCUUGGGCGUGGCGCUUCGGUCCGAGCCAGUGCCCUUUGCCAGGAGUGGGGUCGUUGAUCCAAGCGACCUCGGAUAACAUGUUGAUGCAGCUCAUCAACGCGGAGGUGAUCCUCAAGAACGGCGUGUCCAUUGCGGACGCGAAGCAGUACUUCGAGACGCCCCAGGGGGCCAAGGACUUCGAGGAGAAUGGCAUCUCCCUCCGCGUGCCCAACGGCGACGUCGUUUUCGUGCCGUACGGUUGGCUUGCAAUGCCAGUCUGUGUCCCUGCCGUGGAGGCCGAGAAGCUCAAGGCGUCGGCUGAGAGCACGGGGUCCUACUGGGCGAUGGCGGUCUUCUCCACGAAGUUGGCGAAGGCCCUCGACGAGCCCUGCUGGAAGGCCAUCGAGAAGUUCAACACCGACAGGCUGGUGAGGUCGGCCUCGUCGAGCCCACAGUGGCAAUUUCGCAGCGAGGCGUUUGCAAAAUUUUGUGAGGAGGUGUCCCAGAAAUAA